AUGAAAGAUCCAAAAGCUUACGACGAUAAAGGUUGCUUGAAACAUCUCAACAAAUUCGCUAUGGAUCACAAUAACCAACUCCAAGAAGCUAUAGCUUCUUUAAGGAAAGAGUUUCCUAAUGUGGUUAUAACCUAUGGAGAUUACUACAAUGCGUUUCAAUACGUUCUACGUAGUGGAAGAUUCGACAAGAGUGUAACUUUGAGAUCUUGUUGUGGGAUCGGUGGUGCUUAUAACUACGGUGGUAAGAGGCCAUGUGGAGCAUUAGGAGUGCCGGUGUGUUCGAAUCCAGACAGGUUCAUAAGUUGGGACGGAGUUCACUUGACACAGAGGGCUUACAGGUUCAUGUCUAAGUUCUUGAACAAGAAGAUUCUUUCAGAGAUCAAGUGUAAUAGGGUUUAA